AUGGAAAUUGCGGAUCGAAUUGUUGUUGUUGUUGUUUUGAGAGUGAGAUUGCGGGUUUGGGUUUUGGAGAAAUUGAAGGAGAGUUUGGUGGAUUCAACUUCAAAUUCUUCUGAAGUCAACGUGGAAUUGCCAACAACUAAUGUUGCUAUUCCAAUUCCGGAAAAUGCGGAUGUUCCAAUUCCGGAAAAUGCGAAUGUUCCAAUCUCUCAAACACAAUUUCAAAGAAUUGACCUUGAUUCUUUGGAUUAUGAUCCCGGAACACGCAAACAGAUAUGGGAAUAUCAUGUUAAUCAACGUGAUGAAAUUCGACGGGCAUACAUUAAAAAAGGUCCGCACCAACCUCCUCUAGAGACAUUCAAAAAAAGUGGAAAGCAGAAUCGUAGUUUUCAAGCUUCUUGGUAUAGAAAUAAUUCAAAAUGGCUUGAAUAUUCUCCUACAACAGAUGCAGCUUAUUGUCUACCCUGCUUUGUCUUUCAUAAUCCAAAUGUGGUUGUGGGACAAAAUACAUUUAUUGUUGGUGGAUUUAGAAAUUGGAAAAAGGUUGGGGGCAAAGAUUGUUCUUUUCAAGUUCAUAUAGGAAAAGAUCCUAACUCAGCUCAUAGAGUUGCUGAGCAAAUGUGUAAGGAUUUGAUGAACCAAUCGCAGCAUUUGCAAAGAGUAGUUGAUCAUUUCACUAUUGAACAAAUUGCAAAUAAUCGGUUGCAAUUGAAGGCCACAAUUUUUAUUGUGCAAUAUCUUGCCUUUCAAGCUAUAGCUUUUAGAGGUCGAGAUGAAAGUUUUAGUUCAUUAAAUCGUGGGAACUUUCAUGAAUCAUUGGGUAUUGUGACUUUUUGGAAUGAGAAGGUUGCUGAAAUAAUAGAAAAAACUCCAAAAAAUGCAACCUACACAUCACCUAGGAUUCAAAAGGAAAUUCUACAUGUUUUCUCAGCCAAAGUGAAGAAGGCCAUUCGGGAAGAAAUUGGUGACGCAAAGUUUUGCAUAAUGGUUGAUGAAGCUCGUGAUGAGUCCAUGAAAGAGCAAAUGGCUGUGGUGUUUAGAUAUGUUGAUGCAGAAGGCUUUGUGAAAGAACGCUUUUUUGGGCUUAUUCAUGUUGUUGACACUGCAGCUUUGACUCUAAAGAAGGGGAUAUAUUCUUUGUUAUCUCAAUAUUGCUUAGAUAUACAAAAUAUUCGAGGGCAAGGAUAUGAUGGAGCAAGCAACAUGCAAGAGCUUGAGACUGGAAGUGGACUUAAUCAAAUUGGCACUUUACAACGACCUGGAGAAACACGUUGGAGUUCACAUUUUAGAUCAGUUUCUAGCUUAUUAAGGAUGUUUAGUUCAACUGUUGAAGUUUUACAAAAUAUAAUUGAUGGUGCAAUUGAUGGAGAAAAUCGGGCAGAAGGAGAGUCAGCUUAUGAAGGUUUAACUUCAUUUGAAUUUGUUUUCAUCUUGCAUCUUGAGAAGGAAACUAUGGAGAUCACUGAUAAACUUUGUCAAGCUUUGCAAAGCCAAUCUCAAGACAUUUUAAAUGCUAUGCAUUUAGUUUCAUCUACUAAAGCACUUAUCCAAAAAUUUAGAGAUGAUGGAUGGGAUGGCUUACUCACCACUGUGAUAUCAUUUUGUGAGAAGCAUCGCAUUGAUGUCCUGGAUAUGAAUGCUCGUUAUGUUGCGAGGCGAGGUCGAGCUCGUAAUCAACCAGAUAACGUUACAAAUGAGCAUCAUUAUCGAGUAAAUAUUUUUUAUGCUACAAUAGAUUCUCAACUACAGGAACUAAAUUAUCGGUUUAAUGAAGAUGCAAUGGAGUUGCUUAGGCUUAGCUCAGCUUUAGAACCUCGAGAGGCAUUAAAAUCUUUCAGAAUUAGUGAUCUUUGUUUGUUGGUAAAGAAUUUCUAUCCACAAGAUUUCACAGAUUAUGACAAACAAGUGUUGGAGAAGAAGCUUUAUCAUUUUGAGCAUAAUGUAGUCCAAGAUCCAGAGUUCAAAAAAUUGAAAAGUUUAUCUGAGUUAUCUCAAUGGUUAGUGAGAACUGGAAAUUCAGAACACUACAAACUUGUUUAUAGAAUGGUGAUACUUGUUUAUAGCUUCGACAUUUAG